AAGACAGAUCAGCCCUCACACCUUCAUACAUCCCACUGUAGCCUACUUUAAGCGCCGCAUCGAAGUUAUGUAACCUCACGGUUCAGCUAAACUGUAAUUGUUCGAUCUGCUAAUCGAAGAAGUAGUUGUUUAAAAGAUCAUGUGGUCAAGCGUGUGAGAAUCUUCUGUAGUAGAGACGGACAACAAGGAUGUGCGGCACCGACUGCGAGUCCAGUCACACCGAUGGGAUCCGGAUGGAGAUGCGGGGAGGAACUGGUCUCCCAUUCUUCUGCAUAGUGGGAGCCCUAUCACAGACCACGUGAGAGGGAUAUUCAGACGGUCCCCGACAGACCGACACCGGCUCAUCUCUUCUGCUACUGCUGCCUGCUGACAUGGGCUCAGCUUCCCGGAGACAGGCGUGGAGGGAGGAGAGCGACUCUCUGUCUGAAUAGUAAAUGCUAUGGCUUGGCCGUGCAUCAGCAGAGUGUGCUGCCUGGCUCGUUUCUGGAAUCAAUUCGACAAAUCGGACCUCUCGGUCCCGCUGACCAUUCAGAACUACUCGGACAUCGCGGAGCAGGAGGUGCGCUCCGUCACCAAGCAACUCUCCGACUCGGAGAACAACUACACCACCCCGGAGCCGCGCGUCCGAGGCUCCCUUCAUGCGCCCGCAGAUGGACCCCGGGGACCCUCCAGGGCACGGAGGGAGCCCAGCUACAAGCCCCGGGAGGACUACCACCCGCCCGGCGUGCCGUUCCCGAGUGUCACUCAGUACAAGCAGGAUUUCAAACCCUGGCCCAUUCCUAGGAAGGAUAACUUCCCCUGGAUCAAUAACGGGGGCAGCAGGGGGGACGGCGCUUCGGACAGCAGCCCGGUGAACAGUUACCACCUCCAGGCGCAGGUUGGGGAGAGGCGGGGGGACAGGUCGGAGCAGCAGGUGACGGAGGAGAACAAGACCAGCUCCUACAGGCAAGAGUACAGGCCAUGGACAGGGGUGAAGCCAGCCAGGAGUGCGAGGAGAAAUCUCACAGCUCAAUAUUCCAGCCCAGGGACGGAGGCCACCCACAUCCCACGUGAGACCAGCUAUCAGGCCGCCUACAGCGGAGAGGUCAGCAGGGCCAUGAGCAGGCAAAAGGCUGAGCUCAUCCCCCCAUCUGCUGCCUCCAAUAUCCAGCCUCCGCCCGUCACUCAGCACAACCUGGCUGCCACGCGAACCGGCAGCUCCCUCAGCCCCUCCAGCCUCCAUCAAAGCAUCCUGCCUGAGACCACCGAGCACAGUGGAACAACCAAGAGAGAGGAGCAUCUUGUGAGGACCAAACUGCCACCGAAUCCUUCUGCUGUCUUUCAAAGUGGAUCGAGGGUCUUCAACAUCUGACAGCUGCUGCGACUCUUCACCCCCCGGCUCGCUUUUGGUGUAAAGGAAUCAGGAGUGGGAGUGUUUCCAGUCCAUUCCACAACGCAAGAAUCUAUGCAAAGGAAUGUUGUUGUUGUGAACACUGUUAAGCAGCUGCUUAUUAUCCCAGGUAAAGAGAGAGAAACUACUCCUUUUUAUACUCCUCCAGGCUCCUUGCUCCUACAAAUGAAGAUGCAUGUGACAGAAUAGUCUAGAAACAAACUCUUUUUUCUUUUUGGUUAUAGAUGCACAAGAAACUGGCUGCUCUGUAUGUUUGUGUGCCUGCUAUUUUGUCUUUGAUGCACAGUUUGACUCUGCACCAGUAGUUCAGGAUAUGAUUUAUCAUAAGGUGUGUUUGCUUAGAGUGUGCUAUGCUGCCCUUUGAUGUCUCUAGAAAUCUGCCUGAAAAUAAUUUAUUACCUUUACAUUCAGUUCAUGUUUGAAGAAAUUAUUGUUUAGUCUUUUUGUUUGUUUUUUUUGGUAAAGAUCUCGUUAAAGAGAAACAGCAAUUAAAGGAUCUAAAAAGCUGAAUUACAAUAAAAUAUUGUUAAUUAGGCUUGUUUCACUUCUCAGUCGGGUUUUGUUCAUCUCUCUGUGACGCCAUUGGCUUUAUUUAGUAACUUUAUUUAUUUAAUAGUAGGAAAGUAGUAAAUACUUGUUCCAGAUUAAGUUAAUCUGCACAUUACCUGGACCAGGGUUAGGAAUAGGCUUACAAACGCUGCAAUAUUUUCAUUCAAUGAAGAUUUUUUUUACCAAUUUACAGUUGGUAAAUUUAGCAAAAGUGAAAAUCAGACGUGUAGUUUGUGGCACUUCGUUACCAGAGACAAUAAAUAUUUAUUGUAAAAAAUGAAAAACAUAAGAUUUCUUCUGUUUUGAAAUUCUACUUAUCUUAUACUAAUUAAAAAUUUUGCAAAUAA